AUGCUUGCAAAAGUUAUAUUGUUUGUAAUAGCUUUAGAAAAUGGAUUUUCUAAGCGAAUACUUGACAGUCCCAUCAUUAUUGAAAGACCAUCAUCUUCACAUAUUGAAUGGAAUGAUCUGAUAUUGGAAUACAAUCCUGAUUCGUCACCUUCAGCUAAUUUAUCAAUUUCCGUAUCAAUUGCUAUCAUUUCUUCUAAAUAUGAUCAAACGGACAAUAUUCUUAAAGUUAUUUUUGACUUAAACCAAAAAUGGAUAGAUUAUCGUCUUGUUUUCCAUGGUGAUGAAAUGAUUCCGGUUCCUGAUAAUAUUCACAUAUGGCUUCCCGAUACCAUAAUUCAUAACUCUGUUGCGGAUGUUAUUCGAAAGAAAAGCAUAUUUUUGAGUCCAGGUGGUUCUGUUGAGUUACUGGAGAGACGUAAUGCAGAUGUUAUUUGUAAAAAUGAGACUAAGUGUGACCUUAUGAUUCGCAGUUUUGCAAACAGAGGAGCGCAUCGACUUCUUUAUGAGUUUGAAAAUCCUAAUAACUCAACAGACGACAUGUUUGACAUUGAAGUUCACAAAGAAUCAUUCACAAUUAUAACAAGAACAAUUCCAUAUAAUAGUACAAAGUACUUGUUCAAUUUCAAUAGAGAAGAACAAACAUUAUGA